AUGAAUUUUUUUUUUAAUUUCUUCAGUUUGUUUCUUACAACACAAAAAACACUAUGUGCAAUAUGUGGUAAAGUAUUCGGAUAUUUUACAUGUCGAGGAUGUCAAAAAGAUUUUUGUAAACGACAUGUUGCUGAACAUCAACAAGAAUUGAGCAGACAAUUGGAUGAUUUAACUCUGGAUCAUGAUCAAUUUCGACAAAGACUAACUGAACAUGCACAACAACCACAAUAUCAUUCUUAUAUAAAACAGAUUGAUGAAUGGAAACAAGAGUCUAUUAAUAAAAUUCAUCGUGUAGCUAAUGAUGCUCGACAACAAAUAAAACAUCUGAUUAAUGAGCAUACCACUGAAUUGACUGAAUCUUUAACUAAAAUUGCAUUAGAAUUACGUAAAGCUCGUGAAGAUGAUGAUUUUUAUGAUACAGAUUUACAACAAUGGAUGGGAAAACUUAACAAAUUGAAAAAAGAUUUUGCUCAAAUACCAAAUAUUAACAUUAUACAAGAAGAUAGUAGUAUUAUUUCAUUUAUUCCGAAGUUAAUGUUUUCUCUUGUUUAUUCAUCAAAUUCAUUUUCUGUUUUAUUAUAA